AUGAUCGGUGCAAUUCUUGGGCAACAGUGUAUCGACGACGGAAACGAAUUCUGUCUCGAUGAAAAUGAUAUACUAUCCGUGGAUCUUUUGCCUGGAACUUUUUUAUUUGCUGAUCAAAUGAACAAAAAUGCAACGAGGAAUCCUGAGGAGGAAAUGGUAGAUGGAUCGAUUCACAAUGCACUGAGUAAAAUGGAAUAUCAUAGGAAAAGGAUGAACGAGUAUUUGUGUCACGGUUAUAUGGCUGAAGAAAUUGUGAAAAUGAUGAGCACGCCUCGAGUUAAAAGACGCCUUAGUAUAUCAGAAAAAUCCGAAUUACAUGAUUUGAUGGAUGACGAUAAUGUUACUAUUCAUGAUAAAUUGUUGUCUGAUGAAGGGAGUAUGAAAUACAAGAAUUGGUUGCAGCGUAGGACUACUUUAGACGACGUGUAUCAACAUUACACUCCCCAUAAGAAAAUGAAAAAGAAACAAGGAGUGUACAACAAUGAUUUUGAAGAAUUCGAUGGGGAAGUUACGGGUUACGCUAUGCAGGCUCCUUUACCAUCUGGUAAAGUUGGUUUUUACGAAGAUCAACACGAUCAAGAUGAUCACAUGUUGUCGUCCUCUUCGGGACAAAACUUUUAUUAUGGCCUCGGUUAUGGCCACGGUGGUCACGGUGGCCAUUUCGUGCAUCACGAAACAUUUCCAGCUAUACACGAAGAGCACUAUUACACAGAACCCAUGUAUCAAGACCACGAAGAAGAAUCUCACAAACCCUCUUAUUACAAAGGAAAAGGAAAUGAAUUGUCGAUAAAAGAUUUUUUCGAAAUUGCACUCACUGCUCUCGCGUUUCUAGCUUUUGGCUUGUUUAUUAUUCAGCUGCUAAUGAAUGCUACGGCUAACAUGAACACAACCACAGUCACAAUGGCAACCGCAGCUAAACGUCUUAAGAGGGAUGCAGGUUCCUUACCUUUUUCGUACGCGAGUAACGAGGAAUUGAAUGAAUUGUCUUACAAUGUGCUGAGGAGUAUCGAAGCUGCUUUAGUUGCUGAUUUAGAUUCUGGAAAUUGCAUCCGAAGGAUCCUCUGCGAGGACAAUCGACAUUCCACGCAAACGCGUGAUGCACGCAAAAUUUGGAUGCCUGUUUGGAGUCUAGGAAUGAGUUGGAUAUCCGGCAGAGUGUUGAAAGGUUCUCCCUGGUCGGCAAUGCUGGACUCUGUAAAGGCUUCGGUUCUAGGACUAGGCGGAGCCGACUGUGCAUCCUUGUAUCCUGACUGCGAUCUUAAAAAAGAAAGGAUCAGAAGACGCAGAAGACGUAGAAAAUAA